AUGGAGAGCAGAGAGAAGUUCAACCGCAGUGGAUCCACACCAGUGGACCUAAGGAAUGGCAGCACCGUGACUGAGUUUAUCCUCGUGGGCUUUGAGCAGAGCUCCUCUUCCACUUGGGCAUUGCUCUUUGCCCUCUUCCUAGCCCUCUACAGCCUUGCCAUGGCCAUGAAUGGCCUCAUCAUCUUCAUCACCUGGACAGACCCCAGGCUCAACAGCCCCAUGGACUUCUUCCCUGGCCACCUGUCCUUCCUGGAUGUCUGCUUCAUCACCACCACCAUCCCACACAUGCCGGUCCACCUGACAGUGCAGAACCGUAUUGCCUCCUUUGUCAUCACCACCACCCAGAUGCACUUGGCCUUCUCGGUGGGUGUGGCCGAGUGCAUCCUCUCGGCUUUCAUGGCCCAUGACCGUUAUGUUGCCAUCUGCCUCCUACUUAGCUAUGCCCAGAUCAUGAGCCGGCAGGUCUGUGUGAGCCUGGUGAGUACAGCCUGGUCCUUUGGGCUGAUCAAUGGCAUCCUUCUUGACUACAUGACAUUUCGUGGUCCCUUCUGCAGAGACAACCACAUAGAAAACUUCUUCCGUGAGGCCCCCAUAGUGAUUGCUCUCUCCUGUGGAGACCCCCAGUUCAGUCUGAAAGUCAUCUUUGCCGAUGCCAUUGUGGUGCUGCUCAGCCCCAUAGUGCUCAUUGUCAUCUCCUAUGCCCACAUCCUGGCCUCCAUCCUGGGCAGGAACUCCUCCUCUGGUCGAGGCAAGACCUUCUCUACUUGUGCCUCCCAUCUGACGGUGGUCAUCUUUUUCUACACCUCAGCCAUGUUCUCUUACAUGAACCCCCGCAGCACACACGGUCCUGACAAAGACAAGCCCUUCUCCCUCCUCUACACCAUCAUCACCCCCAUGUGCAACCCCGUCAUCUACAGUUUCCAAAACAAAGAAAUGAAGGGGGCCAUGGUGAGGGCCCUUGGGAGGAGCAGCCUUUCCCAGGCAGAGUCUGUCUAG